AUGUGGGAAGUAUCCAGCUGCAGCCAAUCGGCGGCCAGGACAGCUAUCCGGGGCACGGAGGUGAAAGUUUUCGCGAGGUUGUUACCUGGGAGGGGAAACAAAGAAGCUGGUGGAAAGCGUUUGAAAGAACAAAGAAGAAAAAAAUGGGUUAACAAAAGUCUUCUAUGGAAAAAAAAUUCUCCAAAUGCUUUAUGUUUUGCAGGAAGAUGCGACAGUUCUUUGAAAUGUCACCAGAAGCAAAAGACGGUCGAGCAGACUGACUUCCUAUUGGCCACUGCUAGCAAAUCAGACGAACCGGUGGGCACCAAUGGGUGGCUAAUUUAG